AUGGGUCCGCAGUGGCGGGAUAAUCAUAAUCAAACCGAUACUGGCUGCACGUCGUUAAUGCCCCAAUCGCUCGCAUGCACACACUGCAAAAUUAAGACGGCGCUGUUAAUCCUUGCCCAGAAGGUGGCAGGCAUCCCGAGCCCCUUCGCUUUUGCCCUUCAACCCUCCCGCCAUUCACUCCACUUCGACCCCUUCCUACCUCCGGGUACCCCGAGCCUGACUGCGCGCAACCCCCCCCCCCCCCAACUUCAGCAACGCUCCCUCCCAUGGACGGUUUUGCAGGCCGCUCCUACUCCGAGGCAAGUCCCAGCGACUUCCUUCCGAGAAAGUGCACUUCUUGCAGCCGGGUCCCAGGCACAAGCUGGGCGGGCGAAACCCCGACGGAUGCCGGCCUGAGGCGCGCCUAACUCUGCCCCGCCGCAGGGUCGAGGCCUAGCCCUCCUCCAACUGCCCUGCUCCCCGUGCCCGUUUCCUCCGAGGUAAGUGGGUCCAGUGGAGCUGCCUCCCGCCGCGCGCGGACUGGGCGCCCCGGGAAGGCGCAGCGGCGCCCCGGCCGCCCCUCUCCGCCUGCGCUCGCUCCUCGGCCGGGCCAGCGGAGCACCGCCCGCCCAGCGCCCGCCACCCAAUCGCGCGUCCUGGCGGCGGGAGGAGGGGGCGGCCUCGGCGCCCGGAGCCUGUGAGCCGAAGCGAUGUGGGCCGGGCCUAAGCGCUGCCUCUGCCGUCGUUGCUGCCGCUGCUGCCGCCGCCGCCGCCAUGAUGCUUGUUUGCUUUCAAUGAGUGUGAGAAGGAGGCGGAGGAGGAAGAGAAGGAGGAGGAGAAGGAGGAGGCGGGGGGAGCCCGUUCUCCCGUCCGGCCCGCGGCAGGAAACAAAGAGCCAGGCAGAGGCAGCGCAGAGACGGGGAUGCUGCAGCUACAGGUACGGGGGCGGCGGCCGCGCCGACGGAAAAGGCGGCGGCGAGGAGGAGGCAGAGGGAGCGGGGGUCGAGGCGGCUCUUCCUCAACCGCCCCCCCACCCCGUCGAAUGAAUCUGUGGGGCGGGGGUGGCGGCAGCGGGGACCGCGGCCUGAGGAAAGCAGGUUUCUGACGGGAGGGGGGCGGUUAGAAGUGCCCCGGGUAAUCAUAAUGGGGGCGCGCGGGGGGGGGGGGACGACCGAAGGAUUAUUUUGGUGGGAGGCGCGGAGAGCGGCGGCGGCGGCGGCGCAUUCGAGGUCCUGUGGGACGCGGAGAGAGAUGGCUGACUUUCCGGGGUGGGUGGGUGGGUGGGGGUCGAGGAGAUGUUUGUGGGUCGGUUUGUCGGGGGUGGGUCGUGUUGACAAGGUUAACGGGGGGGGGCUGCUGACCAGAGAGGGGGAGCGGGGGUUGUGUUGGGGUCCUGUGAGGUUUGGGGGGUGGUUUGUCGGUGUUACUAUUUUUAUAAUAAUCCAGCCGGGGGGGGGGGGAGGGGAACGCGGCUCCUCUUCGGGGAAGGGGCGCGGAGGGAGACGGGCGAGGUAAAUACGUCGCGAGAUACGAAGCGGGGUCUCCGGGCCCUGCGCCUCCGGAGUGCGUGAAAUGCAUGGCUGGACGAGGACGGGGCGGGUGGGGGGUGGUGGUUGGGCGAGGGCUUUUGAAGGGAGCGUGUUGUGCGGGGGGGGGGCGCCGGGGUAGCAAAUAAAACUGUGUACGAGGCGGGUGAGGCGAGCGGCCUAUUGCGCUGAAGGUGGUGGAGAGUGAGUGGUGGCGGCGGUGUUUUGAAACAAAACAAAACAAAAAUUACUGGCGUGUGUGGUGGUGCUUUGGCGCUGGCACAGUUGAUUUGGAGGGCAUUAUUGCUCUUCAGGAAACAAAAGGAGCCCUGUUGGGGUUGGCAGGGAGGAGGAGUUCUCCCGAGGAGAAAAAAGUUUUUGGUCUGGGAAAGUAGAGACGGGGGUUGGUGUUUUGCACUUGGAAGGGGCGGCUGAGCCUUCCUGGAAGCUGUGGGAAGGUUCUGGAGGAAGUGACGUGCUCAGUGCCUGUUGACAAGAGCUGUGGGGUGGUGGGAGUAGUGUGGGGGUAAGGGGGGGGCAGGGCUCAUUUGCUUGAAGUGUGUAAUAAGUGUGUUAGGAUUCUGGUUUGUGGGGUUGGCGUGGCUAUACAAAUGCACCAAACUGCUAUUUUUAUUUUUAUUUUUGCACUUAAAAGCAACUAAGAUAAAAGUACAGGUGUAGUGGGGGGGAAGCUGGUUUAAUAAAAACUGAAAGUGUAAACACUUCUGGAAAUAAGCAGGAAGAAAGGAAAGCUUGCAUUGCACAGCUGUUUUUCUUCUCCACACCUCAACAACCUCUUAAAAUUAAUUUAAAUAGAACAGGUAGGUGUAAAUUUAAAAACUAUAGGUCCGUAUUUGCCGUGGAUAAAUAAGCCUGGUUCUUGGGAACAAAACCUGCACUUCAGGAUAAAUUUAAGCUUGGUUACAUUACCCUUGUGUCUGAAAGGGCUAGCUUGCAAUAAGAAGGCCACAAUAGACAGCCUGUGUCUGAAAUAGAAAGGAAAGAGCUUUAGCAGGAAUGAUUGACAGCUGUGCUGUCCAAUGUAAUGAGCUGGGGGCAGGAAUACUGUUUAUAUGCAGGUAGCUUGGCUGGGCCUCAGUCUGUAGAACACACACAUGUACCGUGGUACCUCAGUUUACGAACAGUCCUGUUUAUGAACUAUUUGGUUUACGAACUCUGCGAAACCGGAAGUAGUAUUCUGGUUUGCAAACUUUACCUCGGUUUACGAACCGAAGCUGAAUGGUGGAAGGGCACCAGCGAUGGGAGGCCUCAUUAGCGAAAGCACACUUCGGUUUAAGAAUGGAUUCGGUUUAAGAACAGACUUCCGGAAAGGUAAACCGAGGUACCACUGUAGGGGUAAACAGGAUUAGAAUGCAGAUCUCUUGGGGUUACCUACAACAGCAAAUUUGUUGUAUAUGUUUUUGUGUAGAUGGAGUAUCUAAUGAAGUGCUGUUUUAGGCCGCUAAGAAAGCAAAACUUCAGCAGGCUGUUCCUUAUAAGGGUGAGAUUCUAAGGGGUAGUAUACAGUUGUCAAUUUGAUCCAAAAUAUAUGGUAGGAAAGAUAUUUUUAUGUACAGGUUGCUUGUGAGUUCUGUGUUUUUAGUGGUAGAUUUUUAUGUUGAAUUUUACUUUUGUAUUGGUGAAGGGACAUAACCCAAAAGUAAAAAAUAAAACGAUAAUUAAAAAAUGUAACAGCACCUGUUUUGGAUAACCUUCAUCUUUUACUAGUUGAAUGAUCUGGGAGGUUUUAAAAUUUAUUUAAGGUGAGUUUUUGUUUUGCAUUAAGCCUUUUAAAUAUCUGUAGUUAAAAGACGAGGAUUUUUAGGAAAACCUCAUAAAUUUUCACUAUAACUUAAGAUAGAUAAUGGAAAUUCCAUUAUUCUCAUAUUCUAUAGUAGUAAAGAUCUAACAUUUAUAUGAUUAUGUUGUUGAGGUUUCCUGCAGAGAUUUUUGAAUUGUGCUGUAUAAGCAGUUGGGGAUUUCUACAGUGUCUGGUAUGUCUCAGGGUUAUUUUCUUAUCUGGAUUUUACCAUAUUGGUAACAGAGACUUAAAAUUCAAAAGGAUUAAGGAAUAUUUAUGGUAAUUAUUUGGUAUGAAUGUGAAGGUUGGCAAGUGUUGACUGGUAAUUGUAUUGUCUCUUGCAUUUCUUUUCAUCCUAGAGCAGGUCUCGUAAUUGGGGAUUUGUCAACAUUUCCACUGGGGUAAUUUUACAGAAUUAUCCACCCUGUGUUCUUCCUGCUGGUUCAUCUGGACUCUGGAGUGUGCUGCUAGGAAUGAAGUCUUCUCUGGGAGUUUAUUCACAGUAUUGCUGAAAUGGAACCAUUCACAUAUGGAUUAAUGCUUUAUUCACUUUUCACUUGAAGCAUUUGGAUCAGUUCAUUUUUCUUUAUAAGGGAGAUUGUCCUGUGUCAUUUUGUAAUGAAAUCCUAAGUGUAGUCUUGACAAGUUGACAAGUGUAGUCUUGUGUUUCAGUAAUUAAGGAAGAACUUAAAUAUAAAAAUAAAUGAAACCACAGUACUGCAUGGGCAGGUAAUUAUUUUUGGUAAUGUAUAUCUUUAGAUGUACAUAUUGGCUUGUGUGGAUUAAUAAGGUGUAUUUUUAGUAAGUAUGUUGUAAUGCUAGCCCAUGCAUUUCUCAAAUUAGUUUUAAAAACCCACCCAGUGUAUGACAGCUUUAUUUUAAGAAAGAAGUUGCAUUCUUUUGAUAGAAAAAUGGUCCACCAAAAUCCGGUUCUUUGGGUAUGGUACAUUAAAUCUGGCUGUUUUGGUAUGGAAUUUAGAUGCAGAUUAGUUAAAUAACUUGCAUCUUAAUUUCUGUAUAACCCUAUGCAGACAUUCAAAUUGUACAUAUAAUGCAUAUCUCCAUUGAACUCUGCUUGUAGGCAAGAGUUGCCUCAACUGUGUAAAUGUUAGGCAUGAGUGGGGCUGGGGAGUGGAGAUUCUUCCAUGUAUGGCAUUUGAACAUUGGUAUUUGGCUAAGGUGGCAAAAGCGUAUAUGGAUUAGCUACCAAAAAUUACAAGCCUGCACUUUUAAAAAACUUGUACAAGGGACAGUGGAAUAUGAAUGGAGCACUCCUUCCCUUCUUUGCCAGUCCUUCUUAUGAGUUAAAAGCAGGCUAGUGAAACAUAUUGCAAGCUAGAAGUGAGCGCACUACCUCCUCUGCGUUCAUGCUUGGUUUCUAUGAUGAGUGUGCAGGAAGAGGUGAAGUGGACUAAGUACUGGGAUGAAGUGAUCCAUGCCUCUACAGCUAUCCUGCAUGGUUACUAUGCCACACAUGCAGGAAGGGGCCACAUCUCCCAUGCAUAGAUGCUUAGUAGGCUUGUGGCAUUGUCACAGAUUGCCCUGUCACUUUGCCACCAGCAUGUACAUAAAACACAAAAGCCACCCUUUGGAUGCUCAGAAUCCAUCUGCUGCUAGCCCGCUGUGAUAACAUGUAGGACAUGCAGCAUUGUGCUUCACUUCCCAUGCAUCCAGUAUAGAACUGAGGCAUGCUGGGGAUUGCUUUGUCCCUUUGCUGCCAGUGUGCUGUGUUUCUACAAUAAAGGUGUGGGAGAUUUGAUUGUUAAUGUGUCUUGCAGAAGUGCAGCAGGAAGCAUUACUUCUUCCUUCCACCACCAGCUUUCUUGGUUUCUGUGCUGGAUGCAGGGGAGGAAGCUUCACCUCCUACACACCAAAUAUUGAAAUGCAGUGGUCUGCCAGAGGAAGGAUGAAGCGCUUCAUGUCCUAGACAAGGAAGGAGGGGGCUUACUCUCCUCCCCACCCACUAUAGAAAUGUAAUGAGCUGCUGCGUGGAAUGGGGGAAAGAGGGAGCAAACAGGUUCUCUCUUUUGGGCAGUUCAUUCACUCCCCUGUGAUAAAUUCCUUAUCACAUAUGACAACUGGGCAAUGAGUUAAAAACAAGGCUACACUAGGUUUACCGUAUUUGGUAACUAGCAAUUUAUCUUACAAGGCUCUGAAACUAGUUAACCCUGAAGCAUUUGAGAUGUGCAUAUGUGUGUUAACAUUUAAACAUGUCAUUUUUCACUUGUGGCAACAUUCUAAUCUCUACCUAAAAUACUUCGUGGAACCCUGUUACCUACUUCACACUGAGGUGUGGUGCUAAGAGAAAUACUUCAAAUGCUCAUUAGCAGUAAGGUCUUUUUAAUAUUUUUCACAUCUUAACUAGUCCAUAAAAUUUCACUUAACAUACAAACUCCUUUCUUAUGUAGUUUUUACAUGUAGUUACCCUUAAAGCUGAGUAGCCUGUGUGUUAGACAAACCUGUUGUCAGUGCACAUAUAGUUUAAACUGAUUGCUAAGCAGCAUUAAUUUUCCCCCAAAGUCUGUAGUUUAAAAAUGAAUUUGUGAAGUAUAGCCUUGAUACAUCACAUCUCAUGUUUUAUUCCCAAAAAAGGACCACUGGUGGUGUAUCUGAGAACUGAUGGUGUCUCUAAGAAUUAACUGAUAGACACUGACCUGUCUAAACAUAACCUCUGUUUUAGAAGUAGCAUGUUAGUUUUGUAAAAACAUGUCCUGUUUCAUAAUUUUUGGGCACAUUGUGUUGUGCAUUGAAAAUCAGAUUCCUCUAAGCUUCCCCUAGAAUGUGAGGGUUAAAACAAGAACCAUGUCAGAAUGUUAUGAUCUUUGUACUAAUCAAUACAGUUGCAUUCAAGUAUUUGAGCUAAAAAACUGAAAUAGAAGAUGGAGUUCUGUGAUUCUUUCGUUGAGUGUUUUCUCUGUUUGUUAGGGUAGUAAGGGAUGCAGGAUCAAUAUAGUAUAAGGUCAUGCAGGUGUUAUCUGUAACGGUGAAAAUUGAGCCUUCCUAUUCUUAUGCAGCAUAGGAAUUAUUUGCCCCUUAGUAAAUGGCUAAGUGCAAAGUUCUGUAUAAUUCAUGGCAUCAAACCAACAGUCGACAAGGCAGAAGAUAAAAGAUCCUAAGUUAUGUGAAUGUCUCUGAAAAGGAGAGAGCCUUUAACUCAUUCAGACCAGAAUAAAUCAUGACCACACAAAGCUAAUAACUGAAAGGCUUUGUAUGCAUCUUGGAUUUGUCCAGGCUAUAAAAUCACAAAGGGCUGGAAGGUAGUGUGCAGGAUGGGAACCCUCUGCUAUUUUACUGCAAUCUUCUGUAGCAGACUGUGAAGAUUAACAGUCUGUUGGUAUUAGUGAGGGGGGAUUUCCUUCUGUGCAAAGUGGUUUUCCAGUUAUAGUGGUCAGCUCUUAAAGUUGUUGAAAUCCUCCACCCCCUAAUCUUUGACCUAAAAUAUGCAUAGUGGUCCUUGUAGGGUUCCAUCACUAUAGAAGCUGUAAGUCUGAGCUUACAUGUGCUCUGAGGGGACAAGAGCAUGCAGAAGCAGCCAUUGUACUUGGCUGCAUUUCCACAAGGUAGGAAAGCAGCACAGCACUGUGGUGGCUGCCAUUUGUAGGUAAAUAGUGACCUGAGCAGUGAGAAAGGGGUUAAUAGGCAAGUGUGUUGGGCUGUCAGCUGUUUACCCAACUUGCACAGUUUCUAUAUUCCCCAGGUAAGUAGCACAUUAUUUAGGUAAUCUAUAUUGUAUUGUCAUAAUAUCUGCAGAAAAAUUGCAAUGUCUUUAUUAUGGCAUGUAUGAUAUGCCAACAUGGACUUUGAAAAUUAAAGUUACAUUCCUCAUGUGAAGAGGCUGUUACAGGAUACAGUCAUAAAAGUGUGUUGUAAAUUGACACUUCCAAAUAUGUAAGAAACCAAAGCUAAAGAGGAAGUAAAAUUAGGUCCAAGGGCUUCUGGUAGCGUAAUUACAAUGAAAAACAUCUAGAUGUUUAGACUAUUAAGCUAAAUGAUGCUAAGUUCUUGAUUUUUUGUAUAGAGUACAUACAAAUGUUCAUGCAUAUUCCUUCCUGUCUAGAUCUACUGUGUAUACUAAAUACUAGAAGUAAUAUCCCCCCCCCCCAUUGUUUGGGGCUUAAACUACUUUUAGAUAAAUUAUGGUUGGAAGAAUGAACAGUAUGUUGUAGUGCUCUACUGUGAUAGACAGGCUGAACACGACCCAUAUUGUGCAUGCUUGUGAUAAAAGUGUGUACCAUUGAAUUAAAAUCCGUAUCUUACUCUGUGCAAUGAUACCUUUCACAGUAUGGGGUGGGGAUUAAUGUCUCUUUGCUUACUUGUAAUUUGGAUGAGUAACAUAGUAGUUUACCCAUGAGGCUCAUGUUCGAAAUGUUUUCACUGCUGAGUCGUAUUCAUUGGAUACUGCUUAUAGCUUGCUACAGUUUUUUCUUUCAAAGUUAAGAUGGUUUUGAGUUCAUAGGGAAUGCAGAUUUAAGAUUCAUUCCCUAUGCAUUUUGAGUGAAUACUCAUAUUAAAAAAGCGAACAGCAAUGUCUUACUCUGGCAAUUUCCCUCAGAUAACCAUGCAUCCUUACAGUUACAAUUUCCCAUAAUGUCCUGCUUGGAAGAGAGUUCAUUUCUGCUUAUGCAUUACAAUUUUCAGACCAGGGAGGGAAUAUGCAGUGCCAGCAUGAGUAGCUAGUAACAUGCUUAUUUCCCAGUAUUAUUACACAGAAGGUCAUCAGCUAAAAACAGUUAAGGAGGAAAAAGCCUUUGAGAUGGGCAAUCCCAGGAUGAUGAUAAUACAGCCUAAAAGGAAGGAAACACAGUUUUUGCAGUGUUCGUUUCAGUAUGACUAGGGCAGUAUUCAGCUGUAAAGCAGUGAUGAUUCUUCUUUUGGAAUAUUGUUCAGUUUCUUCAUUUUUAAGAAGGAUGGAUUUCAAUUAAUGAUUUCAAAGGAAAGCAGUCUGAAAGAUCUGAACAGAAUGUUUUAUGUUUGGAUGAAUAAGAAGGUAAGGGAAUUCAGUUGAACCCUGCAAUAUGCUGCAGAUGUGAUAGCAGUGAUAGGUCAUGACUGAUCCAUAAAAAUCCAAACUUUGUCCCAUUACCUUUCUUAUUGUAUUGUGUUUUGUCUUAGCUUUAGCUUCAAACUUAUGCUUGUUACUGUAAAUUAGUCUUCCACCCAUAAAAUCCCUGUUCCCUUCCUUUUCGUUGUCCUAGCAAGUUGUCAACCUGAAAAUGACAGAAAAGGAACUUCACAUUUCUUACUGAAGCCACCGGCUCUUUCUUACUUAUUUUGCCAUUGUUUCAGAUCUGUCUUUUCCACUCAUGGACCAUCUUGGACUUCUUCCUUUCCUAUCCCACUUGCCUGCAUCCCGCUCAUUAAUCCUGUUGCCUUUUUCACAUUUCUAUGAACCACUUCAUUUGUGCUGUAUCCACUGACUGCUAAGGCCUAUGCCUGUGCUGUGGUUAUCUUUUAUCACUAAUGCAUCCUUCUCCUUGGAGAUGCAAUGUCAGUGUGUGUAAAGUAGUUGGAUUGUAGAGUUCAUUACAUUUAACUCUACUUUGUAUCUGAUUAAAUAACUGAAAAUGAGACCAAAAAAUGAAGAACUUUGCACCAGCCAUAGUGUGUUUUGCUUCUUUUGGAACUAGCUCUGCAUAGAGCUUCAUCUUUCACAGUUUGAAAAUGUGGGAGGCAGUGACCUUGACUUUCAGGUACUUGAGUGUCUUCCUUGCAUCCCUUUAAAAAACAACAAGACCAAGCCUAACUUGCUUCACCAAAAUAUUGAAGUACUGUCAAGUGCUUUAGGGGGUGUCAAUAGCAGGUGUUACAGAUUUUCUGUCUUGAUAAGUUAAAACAAUGCAAAUAAGCUUUUAAGUCUUCCAGUUUUUAGCUUAUUUGCUACAAUUCCUUUUACCAAAAAUAGGAACGUUAGCCUAACUGGAUUUCCUCUUCUUUUUCUUAAUCUGUUUUGCAGCUCUCCUAGUGGUCAGCCAUAUGUGGCUUCCAAUGUGGAUUUGACUGGGAGUACUGCAAAUCUGAUGGCAGGGAGUACAAAAUCCAGAGCAGCGUGAAAUUUCCUUAUUUUCCUGGCACAUUCUUACCGGUAAAUAUUGUGUAAAUUUAGCAGCCUUAAAAUAGUCAACUGAUAGGGAAUUAGACUUCAAGGGGGAAACUCUUGCUUGUUUGAUGUAAUGCACCACACUAUACUUAAUAAGUGUACAAUAGCCAUUGAGAUGCUAGGUUUUUGCAAAUUAACAAGAAUGAUGAAUAUGCAUAUAUCCAGAUGCUCUUCUUUCUUAUUCAGUUCCAGUAUAAGUUAAAGUAUGGUAAUUAUGCAAAACAUACUUAAUAGCAUUCGUUCUGGACUAAGUGUUGAAUUGAUAGGUUUUCCAGUAUUGGUGUCAUGUGAGAUUUUGUUUUUGCAGGGAGCUUUUGACUCUUACAGUUCAUAGAAAGAAACAGAUAAGAGGGGUACUUUGUAGGAGCACCUGGGAAUCCAUGAAAACCUAAUGGAUAUUAAGCAUUAGGCAUGUCUGUCCCAAUCAGUUGACACCUAUUUUUCUAAACUGAUGGUAGUUGGAGGUUUGCUGAGCUGUUUUGAAUGAACUUGCACUUGCAAGGCUGGCUUUAUUGCAUAUGCUUGUUUUGGUUAGAUUAUAUAGUAGUCUGUGGCUACAACGUGGAAUUUUGAACACUGUAAUCUAAAAUGUGACUUCUGCUGAUUCAAUAUUUUUAUCCAAAAGAUCUUUUAAAAAAAUACUGUGAGUUCUUUACAAGCAUAUUUAUUCCUUGAGUUGAAAGGAUUUUUCUUCAGAAACAUGGUCUGGCAGGGUUGAAUUCUGGAUUCUUGGUUCACACAAACAGUGAUUUAUUGGAGGGGGGAGCAGGGCAGCAGAAGGGUGGGGAGAUGGGGUUAGAGAAGAAGUGAUGACAUCAUCCUCUGGAGUGCCAGGGUGACAAGACAGUUCCUUUUCGCUCUGGCAAAUGAAUGAGGUGGUAACAAGGCUUUCAAAUAUUUUUUUAAAAAUUGGGAUUUCUACUUCAUCUUAGUAAUUUAAACGUUAGCACUUAUUUGAAGUACUGCUUGCAUUUAUAACGAAACACUAAUGAGUUCAUUCAGAUGACUGAAGACCUUUUAGUAAAGUUCACUUUGUUUAGGAAGUUUUAAACCUAUGCAGUCAGAAGUAAGCACCAAUAAGUUCAGUGAAGCUUACUUCCAGGAAACCAUGCAUAGGGCUGCAGUCAUGCUACAAAAAAGUUUAGUCCUUAUGGUGCCACAGGACUCCUUGAAAGACCAGACUUUCUUUUUUUUAGUAGUAAAAUUUAUUUACAGUCAGAACGUGCAUCUUCUGAUUUUUUUUUCCUUUGAGGAAGAAAGCUAUGAGGGGCAGAGUAUGAUAGCAGCAAAAACUUCUAAAACAACCUGUCAUGUCUAGAACAAACAGCAAUUGUUUUUUGUAAUGCAGAAAUUAAAACUAUUGCUAUGCAAAUGCAGGCAGGUAAAUAAACAGACAAUUUUAUUGUGUUUGAGAGAUCUCAGGAUUAAAAAUUCUCUUCAUUAAUAACCCAAAGUUUUAAAGAUCAGCAGAUUGCAGAAGUUGUUCACUAGAGGCCUGCUUUGAGUAUUCAGCUAUGACAGGAAUUGGCCAUCCAUGACAUAUAGUCAUGAUAAAGUGAAGCUUACUUCACACUUGGUCUGCAAGAAAUGGGGGCCAGUGGCAAUGUAAAGUUUACUGGUCGCCAACUUUCUCUGAACGUUCCUUACAUUUUGUAAAUGAUUGUCUAUAGCCACCCAAUAGAUUAAGAAAUGAAAUAAAUGGAGAAAAGGGAUUGCUUUUAGCCAGAAAAUGAGCUUUCUUGACUACCUAUCAAUUAAAAGAUAAAUUCUGGCUACCUGCCCAAUUAAUAGACCAGUCCUCUAUAGUGCCUGUAAAGUUCCAAUCUACAAAAAUGACAGGUAUUGCAUUUUUUAUACACACAACUUGUUUUUAUGCAUAUAACCUUAUUUAUAAAUGUCCCUAUUGUCUUAAGGAGAAUUGGUUGAAAUACAUUAGUCCUUUUUAAUCACACUUGCAGGUUGCAUACAGGCUUAUAAUGUUUGGUGAACAAAGAACAAGGAAAAUUUUUCUCUGUUGCCUUGCCUGCUCCCACAGGAUAGCAAGUAUCUAGUUCAACCCACUUUCCUGUCACAGAACAUUGGUUUAUAGGCUGUGUGAAAUGGCUGUCACUACUUCUGUUUUAGUAACUAGUGGGGAAUUUAAAAGCCAAAAGUGAAGUCUGAAAUGCACUCCUUUCUCUUUGGUUUUCCCUAGCUCCUGGGGCUGAAGAAAUGGAAAACAGAGCUUCAUUGUACAUUCAUAGAUAGAUUUUCAGCAUUAUUCAGCUCCCAAGGGAGGGGCAUACAGCAGUUAUGUCACUUUACCUACUAAUUUAAUUUUGCUUGUAUUAGGCAAAACCUGCAUCUGAACUGGGCGAUGCUGUUCCAACCCCUAUUGGAAUGGGACAGAGUGAGAGAACUGUGGGAACUACCAAAAGAGAUGCCUAAACUUGAAAAAAGGCACAAAGAAAUUUUCUUACUCAUACUGCACUGACUAUCACAUUGCUUAAUCUUUAAUUCUUAGUAGUGUAUUCUAGCAGUAAACAUGUAUGGUAAAUUGAACAGUAAAGUCUUUAAAAAAUGGUUGUGUGUUAAGAUUUUGCUAUGUACCAAAUCGGUUGCAGUCUUAGGCACAAGUGCACAUGCUUACAACUCAGUUUAGCAAUGGAUUACAGCCUGUCAGACUCCAUUCCAGUUAAAUCAAUCAGAAUGGUCUAUAUUUCCUUUUCAUCUUUUUUUUUUUAACCGCUUGCAUCAGUUUUGUUAAAUUUUUGCUUGCUUCUGUUUUAGGGAGCUUUCUAAUAAUGCCAGUAUUGUGUGGUAUUUUGGCACUGCAUUUAUAAAAUUAAUCUUAAACUAUGUGACCCUCACCCAGAUAACAUGUAUCCAUGUAUGGAUUACUGAUUGAUUUAACCGGAAUGGCGUCUGCACAAAUUGCACAAAAGCCUGCUUCUUUGUAGGAAAAUUAUCCAAAUCCAGCACAGUGUAAGAUGCCUGCAGAAAUGGGUAUAUCUAUCUCUCAGUGUGUGCGCACACAUGCAAAUGCUAUGUCCGUCAUCGAGCCCCAAUGGUUGUGUGGCUAGAGCUACUGAUAAUGAAGUGGCUCACAAGUAUCUCUGAAACUUUCCAGUGUAGUCCAAAGCAUCUGGAGGGCAUCAGAUUCGCAAUGGCUUUACUUUGGAAUGCAAAUUGCAUACAUGUUCCUAGCUACUAUAACGAGAGGGAGGUUUUUCAGUCUAGGCCCAAUUGAAAUGUGUGAAAGGGCAAUAGUGUUUUAAGAGGUCCACAUUCCAUCUCCUGUAUCUUGCCUUCUCUUGCCCUGGGCUGGCCUUCAUUAUGAGGUGAAUUCCAUGUCCCAAAUCUUACCUGUUGAAUGCCAAAAUACUACAGUUUGGACUGUGUGGUACUAACACUCAGGUUUCUAGGCCGUGUACCUUAAUUUUGAUACAGUGGUACCUCCAGUUGCGCGCGGAAUCUGUUCCAGAGCUCCGGUCAGAUCCCGAGGUGUGCGUAUCCAGAGGAGGUGCUGCUUCUGCGCAUACGCGUGGUGCGGUUUACCGCUUCUGCGCAUGCAUGCUGCACAUAGAGCGCUUCUGCGCAUGCAUGCACGACAAAACCUGGAAAAAUACUUCCGGUUUUGCCGUCCACAUAUCCCAAAGGAUAUUUAACCGGAGGUGAACGUAUUUUCGUGAGUGACAAGUUUGUAUGAAGUCUAGUUAAGGAUGGAGUUUUCAAAAGGUAAUUACUAUUAUAGAAGCAAGUCUUUGGGGGCUUGUGUCACUAGGAAAUUGCCUUUUUAGGUAAUGGCUAAUAUUAUCCAUCAAAUAGUAAUAGCAUAUUGUUAAAGGUUUUUGUGAUUGCUUGCCCAUCUAAAAAUGCAAUGCUCUAGGAAAGAUGUAGCAAGAUGUUUGAUGAAUUCUGAAUUAAAAUGGUUUAAAUUAUGAGCUGAAAUCCGAGGUUGGUAAUACAGUGGUACCUCGGUUUAAGAGCAGCCCGGUUUAUGAACUGUUCAGUUUACGAACUCCGCAAAACCAGAAGUAGUGUCCCAGUUUGUGAACUUUAGCUCAGUCUAAGGACAGAAGCCGAAUGGUGGAAGGGCACUGGCGGCGGGAGGCCUCAUUAAGGAAAGCGCGCCUCGGUUUAAGAACAGACUUCCAGAACGGAUUAAGUUCGUAAAAUGAGGUACCACUGUACCUGUGUUAAGGUAAAUUAAGGGAAAAGCCAAUCAGAGUUCACUCUUGUCAGAGCUGUUUUCCUGGCAAAACAAUUCAGUAGUUCACUUCUAUUUCUAUGAUGUGAUCAGUUUUUUUAUGUUUCCAUUUAAAAGUGUGGUAUGUGAAAAUACUUUUCUAGUGUAAAAGUACAUUAAGAACAACAACAGAAAAACAGAAGAUAUUUCACAUUUGCGUUGUUAGCUAUCCAUUUUCUGCUGCUUUCUGACUCCAAAGUGAUUAUUAAUGAGAUAGUUGUAUAUUCUUAUUCUGACAGUGCACAACAAAUAUUCCUCUUCUAUAAGGAACCGUUUUACAUUAAACAGAAAAAAAUGAGAAAAAAGCUGUCUCUGAAAUACAGAAAUAUGAACUGUUGCUCAGAACCUUAUUGCAGUAGUGAAAUGUCUUCAGUACCUGUUUUUAGCAGAAACAUUUCUAAAAAUCUAAUCCAUUAAUAAAAUGUUAAUGGGGAAAGCAAAACUUUGGUUAUGGGGUAAAGUAAAAAUAUAUAAGUAAAAAUUAAUUAGCAAGGAGCAGUCAGUGUUCAUCUUAAUCUUUUAAUAGAUAUUUUAGGGUAAUUAAAUAAAGGUUACAUCAGCAUAUGGAAACUUAUCAGACUGGUUUUCAGAUUGUAUGAAACAAAGGUGCUAAUGCCUUGUGAAGAUUAAUAUAUGCUAUGUAUGUAUCAUGAAUGAUGUAAGAAAAUUGUUAAUAACCCUCCUACACAUUUGACAGUUUCAUUAAAAAAACUCUGGGGUCAGUUAGAUCCUAGUCAUAUUCAAAUAACUCCAGCCAUUAUGAAAACACUAAUUAGCACAUUGCUGCAUCAACAUAAAACACUGUAGGUACUUUCUUGCCGUUUAGUUACUUUAUUCAUAUCUUUGUAUGUUUUUGAGUUGAAUGAACAAACAUAGCAGUAAGAUAUUAGGAAUCUGCAAGAUCCCUUAGGAAUUAACAUUCAGAUUCAUUCUCGAUCCUAAUGACAACCCCAUUGAUCCUUUCGAAGGAAGGGUGGGAUAUAAAUAAAAUAAACCAAUUAAAUAAAUAAUCCCUGGAUAGUUGUACCUCUAUACUUACAAACAAUAGUUGUAUAAUUAUUUCAUACUUGUAACACCACGUUUGGUAAUUGUAAAGCUUUUUUAAAAAACCAAAAACUUAAUUUGGAUCCACUUGACCCUAAUCUCAGAUUAGUAACCUGUUGUUGUUUUUUUCUUCUUCAUGUGGAAUGGUAAAUACCAUGUGUGCCCUUCCUGAUGAAAAUUACCCAGCUGUUGUCCUAACCAUAAAGCAUAGUGAGCCAGCCUCGGGCAACAGAUUUUGGAAGCAGUAGACCUGUUUUUGAAUGACUGUUUUUGAAAAUAAUUUUAAAAGUUGUUCAAGUGUUCUCAGAAACGCCUCUAGAAUGUAUAUGCUCAAUGCCUUUCUCUUGAGUUGCUUCUCCAGAAAGAGAGAGGCAAGCAGGAGUGACUUCUUGGUGGGCUCAACAGGAGAGAAGAUAGUGACUUGGUCCUUUCAUCUCAAGUGCUGAAAUGGCUAGAGAAGACAUUUAGCAACCUGACAGAUUUUCCAGUUCUGUAGACGGUUUUAAACUGAAAGGAAACAGUGCUACCUGUUAAGUUUUGUCAAGACCAUCCAUGCUUUCAUUUGUUGCUAUGUUAGGUGAGCCCCCUCCUUUACUUUGCAUGAGGCAGUGGCAAAUUUGGCAGGAAAGUAAGCAGUUUCCACUUACACUUGCUGACCCUAUUGCUGGGUAGAGGGAGAAAAGAAUAUGAAUACCAAUGGAAAGUUCCCCAAGCAAGGAAAUGGAGCUGGGCAGUUUUUACACAUAGAACUCUUAACACUGUGAUGCAGAAUGAGUUAAUGGAAUGAAUAGUAAUCUAUAUAUGCAAUAUCAGAAAUAAAUGGUAGCCAGCUAAAUUGUUAUUUUAGAGGCUGUUGAGUUUUUAAAAUAUUGCGGUGUACCCCCAGUGCUUGAGAGGAGUGCUUCUGUUAUGAAACAAACCUUGUAACCAUUUUUAUUAACACCCCUUAAGCCAGUGGUGGCGAACCUUUGCCCAAACUGCAAAACCGAAACCCACGUAUUUAUCAUCUCCCUCCCUCUUCCCCCCUUGUGCCGGGCGCACUCCCCAGCGAGCUGGCUGGCUCGCUCUUGGGCUACUGCGAUGGGGAGGACGGAGCAGCCCUGAGACCAGGUGAGCAGGGGCGGCCAGGAGGAGAGGGAUAGCCCCCAACCCAGCCAGCCAGCCCAACAGCCAAGCCCGCCUGCCUGCUCUCCACCCGUGAUCCCGGCGUGGUCUUCCCCAUCUUCCUCCCUUCAGCAACGUCGCCGUGGCAGAGGGGUGAGGUUGGGUUGGGCCAGGCAUGCAGAGAGACGGCAGGCGCAGGUGCCCUCCUAGCCCAGGUAGGUCAGGCCCACGGGGGGUGAGGGGCCUGCAGAGGAUUGGAGCUGCGGGGGGCAAAAGGGAAUGGGCAAGGCCUGGCUUGGAGGGGGGAGCUGGGGACUACCACCCAGCACCGGAAAAAGUGCAGGAAAAAAUCACAAGGGUCAAAUAACGAACACUGCUCUGCCCAAUCAGAAACAGCCACUGCCGCAACCAAUUGAAAAACAGACCAAUCGCCGAACAGUAGCAAAAAAAAAAAAAAAGUUCUGGGUUUAAGCAGUGGAUGCACGCAGUAGCAUGGGGAAGAGCGGGAGCACAAAUGGAAAAAACAACAAAACAGUGUGGAUGGGCCGAUGACGCGCGUGCCAGCAGUGAGAGCUCUGUGUGCCCACUCUGGCACGCGUGCCAUAGGUUUGCCACCACUGCCUUAAGCUAUGGAGUGCAGAAGGGCACAGGAUCCAGACUGGCUGUUGGCCCUAAACCUGAAUGCUUUAAUGGUAUAUAGUGUGUGUGAGGAGGAUGGAGUCUCCAUUUUGCUUCCAAACGGAAGAUAAUCACGCAGAUUUGCUAUUGGAGGCAAUGAUUAUUGAUGUUUACACAGUACUUUAAAAAAUAUUUUUAUAUUUGUUAUAAAACUUUGCUCUAAUAGAUCUCAAUUCCUUCUACUUUGUAUUACAAUUGUUCAUGCUUCAUAGGGGCCAUUGAGACUUGUUCUCCUGUACUCAAGGCCAGGAAUGUUUGUGUGUGUGACCUGAGGAAAGGAUAUGGCAGACAUUUUCCCUUCUUAAGUCAAGCUGGGAGCGCUUUGUUGAGAUUGACCACGAGUGCUAUUCCUCUGCGCAAAGGAGUUUACACCUCAAAUUCUCUCCCAUCUUCCACUUGCAUAGCAACAGAAAUAAUCAAGCAUUGGGGAAUCCUGUUUAUCAGAAAACUUAGUGCCUAUGGGGUUAGCUGAUAAAAUGCCAAGCAGUGGCAGUAUAAUGGAUCAGAAUAGGUGGAUCAGAAUAAUCCAAACUCUGUUUUUCUUUUUCUUUUUAAUGAUUCAGGAAGGUCCUUCCAAUUAGCAUGUAUUAAAUGUCACUGGCAGAUUAGACAUUGUGCGGAACGUAGCAACGUACUGUUCACAUUUAGGGAAUGCUCAAACCGUGGUUUGGAGGAUUGGGAAUAAACCUUGGGCUCAUGCAGGGGUGGGGAACCUUUUCAGUCUGAGUGCCUCGUUCCUUCAUGCUUAGCCUUAUGGUGGUAGUGCUUGGGGACAGGGGCAAAAUGGGUGUGACAAAAUUGGGUGGCGCAACAGGUGCAACUCUAGUCUUGGAACUGUAGGCUACAGUCCAGUCAUGCAAAGUUCAGGAGGUUUUGGAGUUACUCAUAUCAAGCCAACUUCAUUUUUUUUUAAGCACACUUAAGUGACGAGUUUUUACAAGCCAUCAAAUGUAUGGAUGUUAUGACAUUAGCAUAGGAGUGAGGUUGCCGCUUUUUCUUGUUUGGAAGUACAGUGGUACCUCGGUUUACAAACUUAAUCCAUUCCAGAAGUCCGUUAUGAAACUGAGGCACACUUUCCCUAAUGAGGCCUCUCACCGCCGGUGCCCUUCCACCAUUCGGCUUCCGUUCUUAGACCAAGGUAAAGUUCACAACUUGGACACUACUUCCGGUUUUGCGGAGUUUGUAAACCAAAUAGUUUGUGAACAGGGCUGUUCUUAAACCGAGAUACCACUGUAAUAGUAAUUAUUGCCUUCAUCAAUGAUUGGCAUUAUUCUAGUAUUCUAGUCUAUAAGAAGGGAGGUGCUUCUUUUAAGAAUUUUGUUUCCUGGAACCACAUGUUGUUCUGUUAUUUCUGACAGGAAUGCCCAAAGAGAAGUACGAUCCACCUGACCCACGGAGGAUGUACACAAUUAUGUCCUCAGAGGAAGCAGCCAAUGGAAAAAAGUCACACUGGGCAGAGUUGGAAAUAAGUGGUAAGUGGAGAGUUAUUGGAUACACGAGAGUAGCAUGGCAAAUAGUCUGGUAUUGUGUGGUUUUUUUUUAAAAAAAAGUGUUUUACUUAGUUUUAUUAAAUGUUUCAGCACAACAAUGUGGUUUAAAAUCCAAAGCAAUUUGAUGGCUGAUUCGAUUAGAAAUUUUGAACAGGCAGUGGGAAAAUAUGUGGAGCCCACCCAGGAAUUAAAUCAGGAGUGUGCCCUGACAGAACAGGCCCAACAGGAAUAUGAGCUUCUGGAUUUGACAAAUGAACUUGUAAAAAGCCAGAUUUGGAAAGAAAAAGUUUGGUUUGGUUUGGAAAUGGGGGGUUGGAUAGACCCUCCUAUGCAGGGACGUUUGGACUUUUCAAGUCUGGCAAUGGGCCAUGAGAUGUUUGGGAUUGUGGGGGCUCUCAAUUUUGGAGGGAUUUUGAAACAUGUUUUUAAAUACCACAUGGAAUUCAGUGUCGAUUAUGGAAAAGGGGCUGAUCUGUCGAGAAGGGUCAAAAAUAUUGCUAAGCUGGAGUUCCCACGAGUGAAACGAGUAGGAGACAAGGGAAAAUACAGUUACAAAUAUGAAGAAGAGCUGUGGAAGGGACAUGGAAGAGACUUAAGGGCCUCGGAUAUAAGGUUACCAGGUUAAUGCGCCAGAUCGAUGGGAUAAUAAGGACUGACAGAACCCGGGACCAGGAGAAAGGGACGCUGGAUGAAGAUUGGAUUUGUUUUUAUUUCUUUUUUUCACUAUUAGGACUGUUUUAUAAAAUUGAUGAAUGUUAGAAAAAUGUUGGAAUGAAACUACUUGGCUUUAGUAAAAAUGUUUAAAGAAUUAUGCAAGAAUAUUAUGGUUAUGAGAAGUUGGUAAAAAUAAGAUUUAAGUUUUAAGUUUCAAGGUUUUCUAUAGUAAGAUAAGAUUAAAAUAGUUUAAGGUAAUGUAAUAACAGAAUAUUAUGAAAUAUGGAAAGGAUUUGCUGUGACAAUUAACAACCAGGAUACAAGGAAGGGGAGGAGGAGGAGGUCAAGGAAAGAGGGUAAUGACAGUUGAGGAGUUGAGAAUAAUGGAUUUGUUUGUAAAUGUUUGUGGUGUAUUUUAUUUUUUUUUCUCUCUUAUUUUGAAUUUGUAUAUGUAUGGUUGGAAGUGGCUUGUUUUUCUCUUUUUCUACUUUGUUUUUCUUUUGUAACUUAAAAAAAUUUUUUUUUCAAUAAAUAUCAUUUAAAAAAAAAAUCCAAAGCAUGUUAAUUUUUUAAAUUUCAGUAUCGUAAUUAAAUUUGUCACCCUUUGUCAAACAUAGUGUGAAAGCCUCUUUUGCUUUGUAAAAGACUGAAUCUGUGCAAAAAAUCUGGCUUUUAAAAACAUCCAAAACUGCAGUCCAAUACACAUUUACCUAGAAGUAAGUCUUAUUGAACCUGAUGGCACUUACUUCUGAGUAGACAUGCAGAGGAUUGCAUUGUAAAUUGCUGAAAUACUUGUGGAAAUGAAUGCUGUAAAUUAAAUAGAUGAAGAAUUCUUUCUCUCUUCUGUUUUGAGUUUACUUCCAAUCUGGAUCCUGCCCACAAUGUCUUCUGAAUCUUCCUGUCUACAUGCUUGCUGACAAGCAAAAAAAUAAAUCUGAAAGCUUGAUGACUGAGAACUUCACUUUGCAGAAAUUACAUUCUCUUGAGCAACUUUUAUUAUAAUGGUUGUGGAUAUGGUAAUGCUUCGUAUCAGUUUACCCAAUACUAGGCUGAAUAGUCUGUUAUUUCCUGAUUCCCUUUUUCAAAUAGUGGUAUGUUUUUUUGUCUUCCCAAUUCCAGCCUCUCAUAAGGUCAGAAUUUUGCAUACUUAAGUUCUUUAAGAGCUUUCAGGUAUAUGCCAUCCAGACCAAGGUUUUAACUGGUAAAUCUCUUAUUCUCUCUUUUUUUUAUUUUACGUGUAGAUUUAAAAGACCUUCACAUUUUGUCCUGGAGGCAUUUCAGUUCUUUAAAACUGAUCCUCUAAUGUGUGUGUGUGUGUGUGUGUGUGUGUGUGUGUGUGUGUGUAUUAAAAAAAGAAAAUUUCCUCUUUACAGGCAACUUACCAUUAAUAUAUAUGUUGAAUUUGAUAGCACCGUGUUCACUGUUUUCCAAUUGAUUCAACAAAACUCCCAUUUCUCAGCCAAUUGUGGAUACCUCUUUCCAUUCAUGUCCAAGGUCUCUUCCCUCCUAGUCAAUUCCAUGUUCAAGGACAGCCAUCUAUUACAUCUAGACAUGUUAUGUGUUGCAAUUUUGAAUGUAGUCCAUGUGAGGGUAAUUGUAGCCAUUGAUUAUUACACUUUCUCCUUUAUGUGAUUUCAUUCUCCAUCACUUUUGGUCAGGGGAGGGACAUUGCAUCAGUGCUGCAAUCAAAUUCAUAUUUACAUAAUGUGACUUAUGAUCUAUUCUGCUUUUUGACAUUCUAAUUAACACUACCCCAACAUGGCCUUCCUUGUUCUUUCUGUAUAUAAAAGGAUACCUCAAUGAUUGUCAUCUUCCUAACAGGUUCCCUUAAUGUUGCAACAGCAACAUUCUGUUUUAGUACUAUGCACCCAGGUUUUUCUCCCCCUGCCUUUGCUUAAAAGCCUCUAGCAUUAGAAUAUAAAAGGCUAUAUAUACAUACAUUUCCAAAACACCUUUUUGUAUGCAGUUUAUCCAACAAUUCCUUUUUGUCUCUUAAAAUCACUGUUAUUUUUGUCCUGAUAAUUUCUAAGCUCUCCAUAUCCCCUAGUUUAGCCACCUGAGAGUUCCUAAAAGGUGAAUCAUCCUGAGCCAGAUGUUCACCAGCUCCUGUUGUUUUCCCCUCAGAAAUCAGUUUAAAAACUGCUUUGCAACCUUUUUGAUGUUAAGAAUCAGCCAUUUACCCCUGAUCUUUAGUUUCUGAUUAGAAACAUAAUAAAUGAUAUAUGCUGAUUUACUGUGCUUUGGCAAUUAGCCUAUUAGUCAAGUAUUCUGUAGGUACUGGUGUAAAGAUCUAUAAAUCUCAAAGGCAGCAAGUUGUCCAUGCAUGCAGGUAUUUUAUUCUGGUAUCAAUGAGUCCAGUGAUAUUUAUUGAACUCAGUACAGAGGUUGUUCUACCAAAAUGUAAUGCCAGAUCCUUUAAAAAAAAAAAAGAUUCUGGAACCUUGGAUUUUAAAAAAAGAAUCUGAUUCUGUUGGGAGAUUUCUUAGCAUUUCGAAAUAUGUAUCUUUCUCUUUUGCGGAUGAAUUAGUACCUGUUGUCUAGAUCAGGGGUUCCCAAAUGGUGGUGAUGCACAAACUUUACUCAAGUGGUCUGCAGCAAGUCUGUAAAUACAAUUAAAUAUCAUAGAGUAUCUAAUAUAACACAUUACAGUUGCUACAACAUGCAGAAAAAUCAUAAAGUGGUCCAUCAAGACCCUCAACGAUUUUCAAGUGAUCUUGGGGGAGGGGGGAGUUUGGGAACCUGUUGAUCCUGCUUCCCUUACCUCUGAUUUCUGCUUUAUUAUGAAGAAGCAUUUGAUCACUUUUGAAGCACAAAAGCCUUGAAUUCCCAUUUCCAUAGUGCAUCACAAAACUAAACAAAAACGGUGGCGAGUUAAAUUUUUGGGCAUAUAUUUCAAAUGUAUCUGUUGAAAUACAUUUUAAAAUAAAAGACAAUUGAGUUGGUGUUUUGGUGGCUGAAUUGAAAAGUACCUAACAAAAAAAGGGGAAGGAGAUAAUUGCAGAAACUGUUUUGCUGUUUUGAUUCAUUUGCAGAAGUACUUUCACAAAUGCAAGACGAGACAGAAAAUGUUUCCCUCUUGUCUUUCAGGGAAAGUAAGAAGCCUAAGUUCAUCCUUGUGGUCACUGACCCACUUAACAGCUUUGCAUCUCAGUGACAACUCCUUAUCCCGUAUUCCUUCAGACAUUGCCAAGCUUCACAAUCUGGUAUAUUUGGACCUGUCAUCUAAUAAAAUCCGCAGUUUACCAGCAGAGCUCGGAAACAUGGUGUCACUCAGGUAAACAAAAUGCAUCUGUGAGGCCAGUAUGAUGUUAUUCAGGUUUCUGUAUGGUUUUGUAUUGCAGUUUAGUAGUAGUAGUAGUAGUAGUAUUUAUUAUUAUUAAGCAGAAAGCUAUCCCACGUUAGCUUCUUGGCUGAUUUAUUUCCAAUUUGUAUUGCAAUCUUUCUGCCUUCUGGUGCUUGGGGAGGGCUGAAAUAUAUUGGUGUUCGCUUCUGAACCUGCUCCAAAUUUCAGGAGUAUAUUGCCCAGCUAUUCAGAAAGAGGUUAAAGUUCCAUUUUAGGCUCUUAGCUUGCUUUAUGGCUGCUCGGAUAAGGAGUCAAUUUGAACCUGGAUGACUGGUUUCAAACUCCAAAGUUUUUCUAAAAAUAUAUGUCCUUUAUGGGAAUAAACAGCUGUUCAUAUUUUUGUUGCUUAUUUGAAGUGUUACAUUUCCUAAAUCCCAAUUUGCCAUCCUGAGUUCUCUCUUCAUGAAAUCCUGUAAUCUUGUGUGUAAUGUGUUCCCCUGAAAAAAAUGAUAAAUCCACUUACUUUAAUGGUUCUUUUUCCUGCUGGCUUAUUGGUAAUCCCCAUGGCAAGGUUAAAACAUUUCUAAACAAGGAUAAAAGCAGCAUCCACCUUGAUAUUCAAUGCAAUACAUAAAGGAGUGGUAUCAUAUUGGUCAUAAUAAGUACAGUCACAUAAAUUUCAUAAAGCCUACUAUUUUAAUUUGUGUGUCAUUAUUGUGAUGCUUUCUCAAAGUUGCUACUAGCAGCUUUCUGAAACUGUUCCGUUAUGUGUUACCAUAUCAUUCUUACAUGCAUCUGGUAUUGGAAGAAGGUGCCAGUGCUGGACAGUCCAGCUUUUCAUACUAAGUGGUUUGCAAGGGUACUUUGACACAGAACCCAUGGGCCACACACUGCCUUGUAAUGUGGGAGGUGGGAAGUGGGGCCAAAAUUUGACCACCACCAGCCCAGCCCUUGUGCUGCCUUCCCAAAACUGGCUAACAAAUGUGCUGGGCUUUGGGAAGGAGGUGUAAGGCUCUGACAGGCUCCUAGAGCCCCACCACCACCUUCCGAAAGCUGGGAAAGCACUAAUUAGGCUUUGGGAAGGAGGAUGGAGGACUCUAGGACCCUGGCAGAGUCUUCAUGCCUCCUUCCCAAAGCCCACCAUCUUGCUUAUCCAGCUUUGGGAAGGCAGGUGCAAGAGGACUGCAGUUGGGAGCAUCAAAAUGUUGCUGAGGGCCACCAAAAAAAGUCCUCAGGGAGUGUGUUGGAUUGCCUUGUGCCAGUGUAUUCUUCAUUUUGCUGCAAGGAGAUGUCUGGCAGUCUACUAAAUGUUUCCACUGCAUGAAAUGCUGAAUGAAUGGUGAGGAGAAAAGAGGAUCAAAGAAGGAAGAAAAGUCUUGUUUCACCUCACCCUCCUCUCGCCCACCUUGUCUCUCACCUCCUGUUUCUAUGCCUUCUUCACAAUGUGGGGAAAGACAAAAUUAUUGUGGGGGCGGGGGAAUUGUGCUCAGUAGAGGAGCACUUCAGGGUGUGUUUCUACAGAGGACUAAGCAGACCCUCACUUAUUAGUUUGGGGGCCAAGGUAGUUGAAAGUGCCUAGCUGAUCUAGGCUCCUAAUCCAGUCCCUGAGAGGAUGGCACAAGGGCAAAGGUGUCCUCUAGAUGCUGUUGGACUCCAGCUUCCAUCAGCCCUGGUCAUUAUUCUUGUUGCUAGGAACUCAACAACAUCUAAAGGGUACCACACUAGGGAAUAGGACACCUGUGUGCUUCAAAAGGCUGAGGGUUGGAUAUAUUUCUUGGGGGCAUGAAGGAACGUUCAUCCGUAGUACUCUCCCUUUUGUGCUUACUUAGCUAAGCAAUUUUUAAAAGAAGGUAGAGAGUCUCUGCAGUUGACAGAAGCCUCUGAUUCUACCUAAUAGCCCAGUUUUCAAAUGGUCGUAGGAGGUGAUUAUGACUAAUAAAAUGUGAGUUGGAGUCCUUUCAUAGAUGUUCUUAAUGAGCAAAGCUACCUGCUUUCACUUUUAUCUCUUCAAGAGUUAGGUUGCUGACUGCCUGGUAAACAAUCUUCUCUUACCUAGCAGGUUUUCUUAAAAAAAAAAAAAACCUCAAUAGUAUAUCAGAAGGCUAAAACUAUAAAAUAGCUCAACUUUGUAGCUGCUUGUGAUGAAAAGAAGCUCAGGAAAUUGUGAUUUCAGUGAACUGAGCAAUGAAUUAAGGCGGGGGAUGGGGUGGUAAAGAACCCCAGUAGCUUUCUUAUAGUUAGCAUAUUUCUUAUAGUAACCACCUUACAUUAUUUUGUUUAGUAAUUUUGACUGUAGGAGUACUUUCUCCAUAGUUUUACUUCAUUAAUGGUUUAACAAGUUUAUGUUUAGAAGAUGUGCUAGUCAGUUUGCUUUAAUUUAUCAUUGUCUUUAACUACUGCAAAAUCAAUAAUCUUUGCUGUUCAGUUUUCCAUUGCUUUUGAAAUGUGCUAUGUUAGCACAGUUUCUCUUUUGUAAUGAAACAAUUUUCAUUUAAAACAAUUAACUGUAUAUAUCUUACUACUUUUGUCUUCAUGUGACUUGCUAAUAGGGAACUCCAUUUAAAUAACAACCUGUUACGAGUCCUACCAUUUGAGCUGGGAAAACUCUUUCAGUUACAGACGUUGGGUUUGAAAGGUAUGAAUUUUAACUAUUUCCCCCAUGCCCUUUGUUUGCAAUUUUCAGUUGAUCUCAUUCCUCAGCCAGCCAUCACUUUCAAGCUGACAUUUUAAGAAAUAAAAUUACUACCUGAACUAGAAAUGGCAUACUAAGAUUCAGGCACUUUGAAAUUAUGAUUUUUACAAAUUUCUCUAAACUGCAAUUGUUUUGAAAAACAUUUUCCACCUUUAUAAGAAGUUCAGUUAAUUUUACUGUUUCUUUUUGCCUGUACAACCAUAGAGUCCAUAUUUGUGUGUGUGUGUGUGUGUGUGUGUGUGUGUCUGGUUCUUUCUCUUCUCUUCUCCCCCCACCCCCACCACCACUCCAGAGUGAGAGUCUGAGAUUUUCAGCAAAAAACAGUUUCCUGAACUAGACACUUUAGAAAUAAAAACCUCAUGAUGUUCUUGAGGUCUCAUUUUCUCACCCUCUUCCCCAAACAUUUCUACAGGAAACCCACUUACACAGGAUAUACUGAAUCUCUAUCAAGAACCAGACGGAACAAGAAGGCUACUGAAUUAUUUGCUUGAUAACCUGGCAGGUACUGCAAAAAGAAGUAAGUAGUGACUUCCUAGAACACUUAUUUGUGGCAUGUAAAAUAAAUAUCAUUAUCUCAUUAUUAUUAUUAUUAUUAUUAUUAUUAUUAUUAUUAUUAUUUUGUCUUCUGCAAAUAGUUUCAACAGAACAGCCACCUCCCAGAUCUUGGAUUAUGUUGCAAGAACCAGAUCGAACAAGACCAACAGGUAGAACUGAAUAAAUCUGUGCUUUCUUUCCAGUCAGUGAAAUUUUGUAUUACCUUGCCUGUGCAUCUUCUUUCCAUUUCACUUUGUUUUUUAUAGCAAGUAGCAUAGACAUUUUAAGGGGGAAGUCAUAUAUGUUUAGAAAUUGAAACAUCUUGCGUUUCUCAUUCUUUCGAAAAUAUUCUAUAUUUAUUGAAAUUUUCAAAAUAUUACAAAAUAAAAAUAAAAAAGAGAAAAAUACAAAAUAAAAAUAGUUAAAAACAACUCAAUCUUUCCAUUACUUAUUUUUCAUUAGCUUAUUUCCCGGACCUCCUCACGCCUCCCUUUUUUGUAUUCCAGUUCGGUUUGUUGGUUCAGCAAAUCCUUCCCCUCUUUGAUUAUCCAAGUCUUUAAUCUUAAAGUAUUGUAACAUUAAAUUUUUACCUGUUAGUAAUCCAUUUUUCAUAUUCCCUUAUAGUAUUACAGCUAGAAACCACUUACUUUCUAUCCAACAUCAUUCUAACAUUCAUUAAUUUUACAAUAUUUCUGUAAAUAGGCUUUAAAUUUCUUCCAAUCUUCUUCCACCGACUCUUCUCCCUGGUCUCGGAUUCUGCCAGUCAUUUCCGCCAGUUCCAUAUAGUCAAUCACCUUCAUCUGCCAUUCUUCCAGAGUGGGUAGAUCUUGUGUCUUCCAAUACUUUGCCAUGAGUAUUCUUGCUGCUGUUGUGGCAUACAUAAAAAAAGUUCUGUCCUUCUUUGGCACCAAUUGGCCGACUAUGCCCAGGAGAAAGGCCUCUGGUUUCUUCAAGAAGGUAUAUUUAAAUACCUUUUUCAAUUCAUUAUAGAUCAUCUCCCAGAAAGCCUUAAUCCUUGGGCACGUCCACCAAAGGUGAAAGAAUGUACCUUCAGUUUCUUUACAUUUCCAACAUUUAUUAUCGGGCAAAUGAUAGAUUUUUGCAAGCUUGACUGGUGUCAUGUACCACCUGUAUAUCAUUUUCAUAAUAUUCUCUCUUAAGGUAUUGCAUGCCGUAAACUUCAUACCUGUGGUCCAUAACUGUUCCCAGUCAGCCAUCAUUAUGUUAUGUCCAACGUCUUGUGCCCAUUUAAUCAUAGCAGAUUUCACCGUUUCAUCCUGAGUAUUCCAUUUCAACAGCAAGUUAUACAUCUUUGAUAAAGUCUUAGUUUUGGGUUCUAACAGUUCUGUUUCUAAUUUUGAUUUUUCCACCUGGAAGCCAAUUUUCUUGUCCAAAUUAUAUGCCUCCAUUAUCUGAUAAUAAUGAAGCCAAUCUCGCACUUUAUUUUUUAGUUUCUCAAAACUCUGCAGUUUCAAUCUGUCUCCCUCUUGUUCCAGAAUUUCCCAAUAUUUCGGCCAUUUGGCCUCCAUAUUGAGCUUAUUUUCAAGUAAAUCCUUAUAUCUUAUCCAGACAUUAAACAAUGCUUUCCUGACAAUAUGGUUUUUGAAUGCUUUAUGUGCUUUGACCUUGUCAUACCACAAAUAUGCAUGCCACCCAAAAACAUUAUUAAAACCUUCUAAAUCCAAAAUGUCUGUGUUCUCAAGAAGCAGCCAUUCUUUCAACCAGCAGAAUGCUGCUGAUUCAUAAUAAAGUUUAAGGUCUGGCAGGGCAAAUCCACCUCUUUCCUUUACAUCAGUUAAUAUUUUAAAUUUUAUUCUGGGCUUCUUGCCCUGCCAAACAAAUCUAGAAAUGUCUCUCUGCCACUUCUUGAAACAGUCCAUUUUGUCCAAGAUUUGCAAUGAUUGAAACAAAAAUAACAUUCUUGGCAAUACAUUCAUCUUUAUAACAGCAAUUCGACCUAACAAGGAAAGCUUCAAGUUUGACCAUAUCUCUAGAUCCUUUUUCACUUCUGACCAACAUUUCUCAUAAUUGUCUUUAAAUAGGUUUAAGUUCUUAGCGGUCAUAUUAACCCCCAGGUAUUUUACUUUCUUAGCCAAUGUUAAACCUGUCUCCUUCUGAAACCUCUCUUUCUCAAUCGGUGUUAAAUUUUUCUCAAGCACCUUAGUUUUUAACUUGUUCAACUUAAAUCCUGCCACAUGACCAAAUUCCUGAAUCAAUUCUAAUACUCUUUUAGUACUAGAUUCUGGCUCCUGUAACGUCAAUACUAAAUCAUCUGCAAAAGCUUUCAAUUUGUACUGUUUGGCUCCGACCUGUAUACCUUUGAUCAGACGGUCCCUUGUGAUCAUAUUUAGCAGAACCUCCAGGACCGAAAUAAAAAGCAAUGGGGAAAUUGGGCAGCCUUGUCGUGUCCCUUUCUUAUCUUAAAUUCCUCUGUCACCACAUUGUUAACUAUUAGUUUAGCCUUUUGUUCUGAAUAAAUUGCAGUUAUACCAUUUUCAAACCCUUGACCAACCUCCAUCCCCUGAAGAUUUUUCUUCAUGAAACUCCAAGAAAUAUUGUCAAAGGCUUUCUCCGCAUCUACAAAAAUUAAAACUGCUUUAGUAUUAAUAUUCACUUGCAACUUCUCCAAAAUGUUGAUUAUAUUCCUCGUGUUGUCAGACAAGUGUCUACCCGGGAGAAAGCCAGCUUGGUCUUUAUGAAUCUCCUCCACUUAUACCUUUUUUAACCUUUUAGCCAAAAUAUCUGCAAAAAUUUUAUAAUCCACAUUAAGCAGGGAUAUGGGGCGGUAGUUCUUAAGUUGUGUCUUUUCAGACUCAUUUUUCGGUAUUAGUGUAAUAUAAGCUUCCUUCCACGACUCUGGCGCUUUUUUCCCCUCCAAAAUUUCAUUACAAACCUCCUUUAGUGGUUGAAUUAUCCAGUCCUUCAAGGAUCUAUAAUAUUUUGAGGUUAAGCCAUCUGGCCCUGGAGAUUUGCCCAACUGCAUGUUCUGGAUGGCACCUUCCACCUCCUGUUCUGUUAUUUUAUAGUUCAACAUUAACUUAUUUUCUUGAGAGAUUUUUUGUAGUCCGUUUGUUUUUAAGAAUUGGUCUAAAUCAAACUCUUUCUGUGGCCCUUGUGUAUAUAACUGUUUGAAGUACCUCUGGAAGCAUUUUCUAAUUUCCACUGGAUUCUGGAUGUUCUUUCCUUCCACUUCCAAGUUGGUAAUGGUGUUAAGUUUUUGUCUUUUUUUCAUUUGCCAAGCUAACAGUUUUCCACAUUUAUUGGCCGAUUCAAAUGUCCUUUGUCUCAUCUGUUUAAUUUUCCAUUCUAUUUCCUGAUUCAUCAUCUUCAUAUAUUGAACUUGGUAUAACUUUAUUUCUCUCAGAAUCUCUUGUGACUUUGGUUUCGCUCUCAGUUUCUUCUCACCCUCUUUUAUUUUUUCCAAAAUUUUAUCUUUUUUCUCAUUUUGAGUUCUCUUCUUUAUUACAUUCUGUUGAAUUAGAAACCCCCUCAUAACUGCUUUGCUUGCGUCCCAGAUUACUCUUUUUCGAUGGUGGUGUUCAUAUUUAUCUCAAAAUAGUCUCUCAAGGUUUUUUGGGCCUUCUUGGUAACCUCUUGAUCUCUAAACAAGGUGUCAUUCAUCCUCCAUCUGAAGGAACCGGUAGGUGUUAAUUUCAUCUCCAUUUUCACAGCAUUAUGGUCGGAGCAAGUUUUAGGGCAAAUUUCCACUUUUCGAGUCUUAGGUGCCAGUCCUCUAGUUAUCCAAAUUUGGUCAAUUCUUGUCCAUGUCAUUUUGGCUUCAGAGAAGAAGGUUCCCUCUCUGCCCAAGGGAUUCUUUAUUCUCCAAAUGUCAAUCAAGUCCAUAUUGUCAGUCAUCUCAAAAAAGGUUUUUGGUAGUCUGCCAUCUUUGGUAACUACCUGUCUCUGCGACUUGUCCAUGUUUGUAGAUACCACUCCAUUCAUAUCUCCCAUCAUGAUAAUGUUGUAAUCCAUAUAGUCUAACAAUGUCUCAUGCAACUUCUUAAAAAUUCAGAUUUCCCCUCAUUUGGUGCAUAUACUCCUACUAUCAAAAAUUUUUCUCCUUGUGUUUGGAUUUCAAUUGCCACAUAUCUUCCUUGGUCAUCUUUAAAAAUAAAUUUCGGUGAUAGGCUCUCUUUCGCGUAAAUUACUACUCCUCUCUUUUUGACCUUGUCCGAUGAAAUAAACUCUUGACCCAAUCAUUUAUUAAUCAGUACUUUCCUAUGAAGCCUUAUCACAUGUGUUUCCUGCAAGCAAAUCAAGUCCAAUUGUUCCUUUUUCAGUAAAUGAAAGACUUUUUUCCUUUUCUCCGGGGAGUUAAAUCCAUGAAUAUUCCAACUUAAUAGUUGCAGGGACAUGGUGUAUUUAUUUUGCUUUUCCUCCAACUGCGCCAAGUAAUUGUUCUUGUUCUGUCGGUGGUGUCACCUUCUCUAACUUGUCCAAUCCCAAAGGUAGUGGUACUAUGUCUUGUAUUCCUGGUUUUAAAGCUCUUAGCUCUUCUUCAGCUUCUUUUUGCAGGUCUUCUCCGUGUUCUUUCAGAAAUUUUUCUUUAUCUUCCACUGAUCUUAUUUUAAACUUUUUCCCUUUAACGGUAAAAGAUAGGCCUUGGGGGAAUUCCCACCUAAAAAUGGUUCUGUUUCCUCUUAACAGGGCCACCAGAUCUCCAUAGUUGGACCUGAGAUCCAAAAGAUGUUUAGGGAUGUCCUUAAAUAUCUCCACUCUUGAUUCAUUUAUUUCCAAGGUCUUCUGGAAGUGCAGACUCAAUAUUCUGUCUCUCUCCUCUCUUGAUCGGAGGGUAAUCAAACAGUCUCUCACCCUGUUCUUUCUCCCCCCUCUUCCAAGUCUAAAAAUAUUCUAAAUACUACAUUAUAAUGGCAGAAAUAUACUUUUUUAAAAAAGGGCAUUUUCCCAUAUGUAUAUCCAUUGUACUGUUUGGAAAUCUGUAAAGUUGUCUGAAUAAAAACACCACCACCAAAACUGAAUGCUGUCCAAACGAUGGCACAGCCAUUCAUGGCAUCUUUAGAAGCAAAUUAUUAAAGAACAUGAGUGGAUGUUAAAAUCAGAAUUAAGUGAGGCCUCAAACCACGUAGAUCCAUUUUGUCAUAAUGGCAACCCAAUCCUAUAUAUCAUGUUUGCUCACCAGUUAAGUGCUGAGUUUAGUGUGGCUUAUGUCCUGGUACAUGUGCAUAGGAUUGUAGCUUAGUUACGAAACAAAGCUUCAAUUGAUUUAGACCUGAAAUUCAAUAAGAGCUCCUAAGUAGUUUAAGGGUUACCCUCAUCUUGGAAAAAGUUCUUUAUAUAAGCUGGCUUUAUGCUGGCUACGGUAACAGCUAUUGACCUUGUAGGGGAAGUUUUGUGCUUCAUUCCAACGCAGAUUGAACCAGUCCAUUAUAUUGCAUUGUCUGCCUAUUUGGUGAAUGGUGGAACUAUCAACCUAGUUUCUAGAGAGAGAAAAUCUAAAUAAUGCUGCAUUAUUAUAGGUCAGCUGCUCAAAUAUAUCUUGGAGCUAAAGUAAGCAAAGCCUAAAGCUGAUCAACUUAUUUAAAGGGAAAGGGGAAAAUGUAUGUUUAAAACAGACAAUUUCUCUGUCUAAGUAAAACUCUCUUAUACUGCAGCCCUGUUUUCUGUCAUGUGUUACAAUGUCCUCUGUGAUAAAUAUGCUACUCGGCAGCUAUAUGGCUACUGCCCAUCAUGGGCAUUGAACUGGGAAUACAGAAAAAAGGCUAUUAUGCAGGAAAUCUUAAGCUGUAAUGCAGACAUCAUAAGUCUUCAGGUGAGAAAUGACUUUGUUCUUUUUUGUUUAUGUAUGCACCCAUUUUUAAAUGUUUUUAACUGAAGCAAUUUUCUUUCUGCAUAUAAGAUGGGAAUCAUUACAAGACCCCUACAAUAUGCUCUUAAGCCUGCUCUGAGAACUAUUUGGAUGAAAUUCCAAUAAUACAGUAAAAUGAAUAGGGGACUAGUAAAGGAUGCCUAUGAAGCUUAAAUAUUUGUUGUUGUCUUUACUCCCCACCCACCCAGUGAGAGUCGCUUCCUGAUUUAUCAUGCCUGUGUCGAGAUUCAUUUGCUCUCCCAUCUGUUAGAAGGCUGGGUUACGUGGCUGCAGAUGAUGUGCCAAACCAGCAGAUGCAGUGAAAAGAGUUGCACAGCUUUUCUGCCAGGGAUUACACGGGCCUUGAAGCAGAAAACAGGAAUUAGGGUCAACCCUGCUGGCCAAUAGACAUUUCACCAAGCCAGGGAAAUUCUGUUCUGUUUAUUAAAGAUCAUAGCCUGUCAUGUCUUUAAGAGCUUGAGGUGGGCAACAGUCGAUCAAAAAUGUAUAUAAAAUAUGUAAAUUCCUGUUAAAAUGGGUCACAACUCUGUCCAGGUAUUUUCCCCUUUCCUCCCUUCUGUAUGUUCCCCUCCUUCCAUUGUCUUUUUCCUCCCUUCCGUUGUUGCUUAAAAUACGCAGUUUCUUGCAUGGUUGUUUUUCCUAGUGUUGUGGACAUACUUCUGUCUCUGAACUAGUCUAGUGUGUAUCUUCUGUUCUGAUUACCUUUUCUGAAGGACUCUGCUAAACAAUAUUUUUAUUGCAUGUAGCAGAGUGUAACAGAGAAUUUUGUGCAUAGCAGAGAAUUUUGGUGUUUAAUAUAUUUGUACUGUAGUGUUCUCUGGAAGCUGUUGGUUCCUGCAUCCAAGUUUGUGGAGGGGUUUCUACUAAUUGCAGGUUCUCCAGCUGUUGAAGAUAGUUGCAUGUGGAUGCCUUAUAUUUUUGCUCCUUGAGUUCUUAAAGCUGCCCAUUUUGGUCACAGAAAAACUCAGUAUUGCUACUAGUAUUAAGUAACUGCAAGAUUGUUUUUGCAGUUGUUAAUGUACUCUGAAUUAUUUAAUACAAUGGCUGGGGUUCACUUAAUGUUUGGCUCAAGAUGAUAAUUUUGUGGAAAAGAGUCCAGUGACCAUGGCAUCUGAUUUUCGGUGGGCUCCAGAUUUAAUAGCUUGGCAGGGAUAAAGUUUAAUUGCUAUUUUUCAAACAAAUAUUUUUGUGGAUUUGUACUAUUACUGUUCUCAGCAGUCUUCUGCAUUGGUCCUUUAUAUACCCUAUAAACUUCCAGCUGUUCUACUUUUAUAUUUAGUUUAAUUGCUUACUCCAUCGUGUCCUCGGAUAUGUGGUGCCUUUUGAAUUUUAGACUGUUUCCAUCAGUCAUUAUUUAGAUGGAGGAGAGGGGAAACUGCCAGAUCAGCUGACAGUGUCUCUAUGACUGUUCUUACUAUUUCACUCAUCCUGAGCUACAUGCUUUGCAGGCAUGCUAAAAUGGCACAUUUUAUUCUGGACUGGCGUUGUGGCUUAAUCCAUUUCACAGUAAUGUAAUCUGAUGACUUCUUGUUAUAUUGACAUGGAGCAUCCGCUGAGUGGAGUUUGAAUCAUGUGACACUUCUGCCGGCAGAAGGGGCUAGUUGACUUUUUUUAAUAAUCUGCUGUUUUUAAUAAUCUGCAACUGUCUUUUGAAAUCAGGUGCAUAUUUUUAUCUUUGAAAAGCACCGCUUCUCCCUUGGGUGCAACAGUAUUGUUAGAAGCUCUUAGUGGCUCAGGAAACAGGAAGGUGUGUGUACUUGUGGUGUAUUUAUGGUGCAUGUGUAGCACUGGUCACACCCAUUGAUGGCAUGUGAGCCUCAAAGCCCUCUGGUCAAAAAUGUUAGCUAUUCCCGUGUUAGGCUCUCUAUCCUGAAGGGAGGUACGCUGAUGAUGGAUUCCUGCUGCUGCUUUGUUCCUACUGUAUUGUAUAUGGUUGGCAGACAAGUCAGAGUCCCACAUAAGCUGUUCUACAGAAAGGCAUAUGUCUACAUACAUAUCAGUAAAAUAAAAUAUAACACUAGUUCUUCUCUGCCAUUAUUUCAGUUGCUGUCUUUUCACAUUAUACUUUCUCAAUGGACAUAACUUCAGAGUCCUGCUUUAAAGGGGUAUCCGUUGGAGACUUGAAUUCAUUUUCUUUUUAAAAGUUGCAUUGUGCAUUUGAUAGUUCACCUAAUUCUUGCACUGUCUUACAUUUUAGGAGGUUGAAACUGAGCAGUACUACAGUUUUUUCCUAGCAGAAUUGAAAGAGCGUGGAUACAACGGAUUCUUCAGUCCGAAAUCCAGAGCUAGGACAAUGUCAGAACAAGAGAGAAAACAUGUUGAUGGUUGUGCAAUAUUUUUCAAGACAGAAAAGUAAGAUAAAACUUGUAUCUUGUUCUCUGGCUACAGUGAAUGAGGUUGCACAGCAACAUCAGUUUUUAAUCCUCUAUGAAACCAGAGGCAGUCCUAUAGCUUUGUUUUCAGUGUAUUUCGUGUCAUUAUACUAUAAAAAUUCUUGUUGCAAAAGGAUUAUUUCAGUAAUUUGGGGAGCCUAUCAAUACUUUGGCUGUUUAGGACUAGGUAACUUGAGUAGUAAAAUUGUUCACUCAUGAAAUAUGAAUAAAGUCGUGGCCUCCUAUGAAUUCUCGUAAUAGUUCACAGCUUUUGGUGGAAUGAUGAAUAGUAAUGGUUAUAUUUAUUUAAGAAAAUGUCUGCAUGUUGGCUUGUAUGUGUUCAAGCUUUUAUGAUGGCCACAGUUGUGGUAAGCUGUCACAGCCAUUAUAUUCACAUUGAGAAGUCUAGUUACCUAAUUUCUGUCAGCUGUGCAGAUAGAAUAUGUGAAUCAUAUUGUGAUAAAAUGAAAAAUACGGUGUUAUGUGCAGAUCUUGCUUUAAAUUGAUUUUAUUGCUUUCAGGUUCACCUUGGUUCAGAAGCAUACUGUUGAAUUUAAUCAGCUGGCUAUGGCAAACUCAGAAGGAUCAGAAGCAAUGCUGAACAGAGUAAUGACAAAAGACAACAUUGGAGUUGCUGUGUUGCUAGAGCUACGAAAGGAGUUAAUAGAAAUGUCAUGUAAGUGAAUGCAAAUCCAGUUUUCGACUGGACUCUGCAGCCAUCUUCCGCAUACCCUUUGCUGCUUUGGAAAAGAGUUGAGAACUGGUUUAUCUACCAGUUCUGGUGACUGAAACUCAUACCCAAUGGAUAGGAGAAGUCUCUACUUCUAACUUUGAGAACUUAGUGUGAAACUAAAAACAUUCCAAGGAGAUGCAGACAGUUGCUUAACCACAAAAUUUGUUUUUGCCCACCACCACCACCUAAAUUUUUUGCAUACUGUUUAAGGUGUAUGUGGAGUAGUCAUGCUGCCCCAAACUGGAGAAUGGUUUUUCAUGCAUCUACCUGUCAAUACAACUUUUAAAAUGUACUGUAAACCCCACCCCACCCUUUUUUUAAAAAGAAAAAAUGGUUUUGAUUUAAAAGGGUAGUGAAAUGGGAUCAAAGUGGAAUGAGGAGAUGUGAAGAUUCUUGAGGCUAGAAAAAGAUUUCUAAGUCAUCACUAUUUUCUCAUCUCCGUGUCUGUGCUUUCCUACUGGCCAUGAUUUGUUCCUUUGACUGCCCUAGUAUUUGCGCACAUCUGCGGUAAAGAUGCUGCUUAGCUUAGUAUGGAUGACAAACUGUAUUUGCAGAUAAUGAAUGUAGCCUCUAUUUUCAGUUAAGUAAAUACUAAUACACUUUGUCACUGCAAACAGUAUCUGUCUAGAUUGCAGAAUUCUUUUGUGUGGUACUUGUCUUUAUUGCUGUAUGGGGAAAGGGUAAUGACUGACAAAUACUGCAGUUAAAAUGCAUAUUAUGUCUGCUAGAAAAUUGUAGAUAUAGUAGCUUAGAACUUAUUUGCAGUCCAUCACAGUAGCUGUUCAUUAUCAUGUCGAUAAUGCAAUAAAGCCAGCAGAGGGAGCACAGAGCCCUUUUUUGUUUUAAACUCAUAAAAUGGCUGGUUGAGAUAAGGAAUUCUGUAUUUGUAAAGUCCCAGUUAAUUACUGCUGAUUAGUUUGAUAUAUUUCUUUAGCAGUAUUUUUAAAGCCCUUUUCACCAAUGCAACCUAUGUAGUGAAGUAUCACUGCUGUUUUCUGAAGGGUUUUUUAUUUCCCAUUUUAGCAGGCAAGCCACACCCAGGAAUGGAUAAACAGCUGGUCCUUGUAGCAAAUGCACACAUGCACUGGGACCCGGAGUAUUCUGAUGUGAAGCUGGUUCAGACCAUGAUGUUCCUUUCUGAGGUAAAGAACAUAAUAGACAAAGCCUCUCGGAGUCUCAAGCCUGGUAUUUCGGGAGAACAUGCAACAAUUCCACUUGUAUUGUGUGCAGAUCUGAAUUCUCUGCCCGAUUCAGGUAAGUGCAGCCAUAUUCCACUUGCUGAGGUGUUGUAACAAUGCUUUUGUUGAAACUGCUGGAAGUUGAAUAAAACUUGAUAGUGAAAGAGGCUCACAGAGCCAUUUUGAAGGCUGUGCAGAAAUGAACUUGAGGGAUGGCUCUCAGAGCUCACCAGCUGAUAGACACUGAAAGCCCUCUUGGCUGCACUAGUGGGUUCCUCAUGAAGGGGUCCCCGGCUCAGACUCCCUGUGUUCCCUGUGUGUGCCAAGAGAGAGUCUGCUUGCCAAGAAACAGUUGCAUGCCCGCUUCAAGCUCUCAAUUGUUCCAUUGCAGGCAUGUCUUUAUUUGUCCACAUAUAAUGGCAGGUGAGCAUGAUUUUGGGGAAACAGCCUCACAGGACAAAUUAGGACCCCUGUGAGCUGGAAGUUUACCACCACUAAAUCAGAGAAAUCGAGCCUAACACUUCACCCUUAAUCAAAUCUUAUGAUCCCUAAAUUGCAGCCAAGGGAGUGAGUGUAUGGGGGGUGGAUUGUACUAUUGAGAUGGAUCAUCCAUCAUGAAUGUAAUACUAUUUAAGAGGGAUAGGUUGCUUGUUGUUGUUUUUUAAAAAAAAUUCCUUCACCCUAGGUGUGGUUGAAUAUUUGAGUACCGGUGGAGUGGAGACAAACCAUAAAGAUUUUAAGGAACUGAGAUACAAUGAAAGUCUCACUAACUUCAGUUGUAAUGGGAAAAAUGGAACCACCAAUGGAAGGAUUACUCAUGGUUUCAAGUUGAAGAGUGCCUAUGAGAAUGGCCUAAUGCCUUAUACGAAUUACACAUUUGAUUUCAAGGUGAGAGUUGAAAUAAAUUCCCAUUGCACUAUUACUGUUUUAUUGCUUAUUCAGCAUAGGUGUGCAAGAAGUUUGAUGAACUAUUAAAACAAAAAUGGAAGGGUUAGUAACAAAUUAAUUGUCAGGUUGGGGUAGUAUUAAGUUUUGGAAGCACUUUCAAAGAGAAGAAAGCAGGCUGAUAAAGGAAAAGGAUGCUCUCCCAGUCACAGGAAACAGCACAACAGCAGUAGCCAUUGCUUGCGCUUAAGAGGCCCAUGGCCAUGAGAAGGUCGUGACCAAAAGUUGCCUAACUUUACACAAUAAUUCCUAGGGGUAAUAUUGCCUCUUCAGAGGUAUUAACAAGAAAUAUAUGUGAGUCUCAGUGGAGCAUGUGAACACCUUAUGAUGACUAACACUUUAAGAAUUAUCUCAAAGUUUCUCUCCUAUCAUUCAGUGAGUUUAUAGCAGUUGACAGUAAAACAAAUAACACAUUUUUAAAAAUCAUUUAUUUACAUAUUUAUUUCCAGCUUUCUGAGGCAAGUUGUCAUAAAGUAUGUUACAAUAAGUGUGUUAGCAUCUAAAUAAACAAGAACAUGAAAUCUACAGUGAAAUCGAGGGCAAGGCAAAGCAUAAAUGACCAUGAAAGGAGCUCAUGUUGCAACAAGACUAUCUUAAGCUGCCCCCAGAACACUAGAAGGGGUAAUACUAAACCUACAGCCUGAAAAGGGGUAUUUCACAGUUCUGGGGUAGCAGUAGAGAUGGACUUGCUUUGAGCAUGAUGGAAUCUGAAGCAGGACAUUGCAUCUCUUUUCAAACUCUGAGAAUAAUAAUAAUAUUAUUAAGUUGAUUAAUAAUUUUAUUGAAAUCAUUUAGAACAUAAAUCAGUUACACAGACAACAAAAACAGAACAAACCACGACCCUUGACCCCCCAAAGCAAAAUAAACAAGACAGUAAAACAGAACCAAACAGCAACACAAAAAGUAAAAGAAAAAAUUGUCACCUAUAUAUACCAUAUUUUCAUUCCAAAUUCUUCUUUCUUGACUUCAUCCUGUACCUGGUUUUCUAUUUUCUCCUUCUAAACUGUCUCUUUUUUGAAUUAUUUUUAUGAUUUUUCCAAGUUAAUCAAAACAAGACCAGGUAUUUAUUUGGGGGCACUGCUUUUUAAAAUAUUCUCUACAUUUUCCCCAUUCUUUCUGGAACUUUUGUUUGGGCUGUUAUUUAUUAUUUAUACCCCACCCAUCUGGCUGGGUUUCCCCAGCCACUCUGGGCGGCUCCCUGCCAAAUAUUAAAAACACAAUACAGCAUUAAACAUUAAAAACUUCCCUAAACAGGGCUGCCUUCAGAUGUCUUUUAAAAGUAGGAUAGAAUCACAUGAGAACAAGUGGUCCUCAGUGUGUCUGGGAUCCAUACCAUUUAGGCACCUGAAUUUGCCUUGGGACCAUGACCGUAGUCAGGGUAGGUGCUUCAGCACUAGAGUUAUGUGGUUACUGAAGUCCAUACCUGAUAUCAGUUGAAAUUGCUUCCAGUUGUGUGUCUUUCCUUUCUGAAAAUAUUCACUCCAUUUUCUCUCUUUUCAAAAGGGUAUUAUUGACUACAUCUUCUACUCUAAACCUCAGCUGAAUAUUCUUGGCAUCCUGGGACCUUUGGAUCACCAUUGGCUAAUAGAGAACAAUAUAAGUGGCUGUCCACACCCGCUCAUUCCUUCUGACCACUUCUCACUUUUUGCACAACUGGAGCUGGUGCUGCCUUUCCUGCCCCCGGUAAAUGGAAUCCAUCUGCCUAGCAGGAGGUAGUCAAGUACAUUUUAGAGGGCAACCUCAGUCUGAUUUGUAAAAUUGUAAAAUCUGAAUAUAGAGGAGUGAGGUAUGGCCAACAGGGAUCUUUCUUAAUGAUCUUAAUUUUAAAUCUAAUUAUUUCAUAAAGAAAUAGUAAAAGCCAGGUGCUAUCAGACACACAAUUCUGAGCCCAACAUGCUUUAUUUACUGUUAGACAGGGACUGGUGCGUUGGCACCUCUCUUAGAUUUGUUACAAUUAACCUGUUCUAUCCAAUGUAAUAUUUCAUGCCUUGAAAAUAGGGAAUUACUAUAAUAAAUUCUCUUCGCACAGAUAUCUGUAGCACUACUUUUUUGAGGCCAGUAGUAAAACAUCAAAAGACCAUUCUUCCAUACUUCACUCCCUUCUUUUUCAGACUUGUUUGUUUGUAAAAUAUAGAAUUUGAAUUUAGCCUUUAUUGAUUGUAUAUGAACAACAGAAAACCUGAUUUAUGAGAUUUUGUACUUUAAAAAAAAACAACCAGAUUUGGAAAAUGAUUGUAUUGUAAACUAAGGCUAAAUUUUUAUCUGUUUCAUGUGUUAUAAAGGCCAGCUUGUAAAAGAAGUUGCAGCAGGCUUUCUCUGCUAAUGAUUUGCACUGUUAGGGUUUUUAGCCCUUAUGUACUACUUCAUUUUUUAAAAUUGAGAACACUGCUUUUAAAUCUAAAUUUGGUUAAAUGAUAACAAAUUUCUUCAAGCCAGUUAACAUACAUUCAUUUCUUUCUUUCUUUUAACUUAAAGCAACAGCGCAAACUUGUUCUCGGAACAGAUAAGCUAAGCAGUGACUGA